ACAACGACGGCGUUUGGGAUUUGAGUGCCGCCGAAGGUUGUCAGAUUGGCGAAAGAAUGCAGGCAUAGUCAAGACAGCUGACUGUGUGAUUGAUUUAUUUUGGCAACUUUUCUUCGGAUUCCACGGAUUGUUGCUCAUCUGCUUGGCCAUUCAUUACGUACAGAAAAUGUUUCUAAGCAUCUGGAAUUACCUGCAUACAACCUUCUUUAGAUAUUGGCUGAAAUGGUUGAUCAGACAGGUCACCGGGAAAUGUGAGCUUCAGAGAAUCUUUCACAGCUUCAUUCAAGGAGCAACAAGGACAAUAAAAACAGAAUAUUCUCUUGAAGCAUCAAAAAGCAAGGUCUUGAGAGAUGCACUACAAGCAAAAGAAGAUUCAGUAGACCAACAUGUUACACAAAUAAUGAAACAAAAGAAAAUUCAAUUGGAAAAAGAUGCAGAGUUUAAGGUGAACCUUAAGGUGUGCUUGCUUCAAAUAUGUGGCUAUAAGAAUCUCAUGAAGAAUGUGGAAGAUCUAAGAAAGCAGGUGUUUGAUUCGGAAAAUGAUGAACAUGAAGCUUUGCUGAUGAAGCUGUGGAAAUUAUUGAUGCCCAACGUGGAACUGGAUUCCAGAAUUUCAAAGCAGUGGGGGGAUAUCGGUUUUCAAGGAGAUGAUCCUAAAACUGACUUCCGAGGCAUGGGCAUGCUCGGCUUAGCCAAUCUUGUAUUCUUUAGUGAGCAAUAUCCCGAAGUAGCUCGACAAGUCCUGUCACAUUCAAAUCACCCUAAACUGGGAUAUUCUUAUGCAAUUGUUGGAAUAAAUCUCACAGAGAUGGCUUAUAGUUUGCUGUCAAGUGGAGUUGUCAAGCCUCAUUUCUAUAACUUGGUACCAGGUAGUCCCCAGCUGGAACAUUUCCAAAGAUUUUAUAGUUAUCUGGUGUAUGAAUUUGACAAAUUUUGGUUUCAAGAAGAACCAGAAAGCAUCAUGUUGUUUAAUCAGUACAGAGAAAAGUUCCAUGAGAAAGUGAAAAGACUCUUGCAGCAGCCCAGCGUGGUGCUCGUCUUGACUUUGGACUCUGAAAUAUAAAGCUGGAAAGUCUGAACGGAUACGAUUUACAGCAAUAUCAUGCAUCUUGAAAUCUGAAUUCUUAAAAUAUAAUUUAUUUGGAUCCGAUUUUAUUUAAAACUUUAAAAUGCGGCCUUAAUAACGAGACAAUCAUUUAACUUUUUUUAUUCUUUUUAUUGACUUCUUUUUGUAAAAGCAGCAUUUUUCAUCUUGCAUUUGGCACAGAUUCAGAGCAUCUAUGUGAACACACAAAGUGUGCUCCACUUCAGUCUUUUACCUUGUAGCGCGGACCACCAUCUCCCUUUUGUGGCGUCUAGGACUCGUUGACCAAUUUCUUGUAUUUUUUUUUCUUUUUUCAGGAAUCUGAGCAGGAGUCCCAUUGUUGUUAACUCUGUAGUCGUUUGCAAAAAAUAAGUUUCAUUCAGUGGAAUAAGUCCUCGGUAUUAGUGGUCCACACACGUGUAAGUGAGCGGGAAAUAGACAAGCCAUUUAUACGAUUUAUUGUUUUUAAUCGUCUAUGCGUACAAGAGCCCGCAGCACAUGGCGUUAAUCAUGGCAAUGAUCAUUGUACAGAUUUAACAAAAAAUUUAAAACGGUACAGAAUGUUCACUUCUGGAGUUUGCAUGCGUUUCUCACAGUUUAACACUUGGUUAUGUGUUUUGGAUUUGAAAUGGUUAAAGUCGUGUGGUCAGGGAAAAUAUUCUGAUCUUUGGUUGAGCCUCCAACAUGUGGCUGUGUGCCUCACUUUCUAGACUGAAAUGUUUUAGGAUAUUUGCUGAGAUUGCUUUCUUAUUUGCACGUUAUAAAUAAUAAAUCAUUUUUAUUGUUUC